AUGGUCAAACAAACGUCGACCUUCCUGCGUCUCCCUGCGGAGAUCCGGCUCAUGAUUUACGAGGAACUCCUCCUUCCACCCGCGUCCAGCGAGCCAUGCCCCCCAGCCGCCAAAUUCGUAGCGCCCGUCUACCGUGAAGACGAGCAGAACGCCUCGCAUCACCUUCGCGCUCCGCGCACGCUACAAAUCCGCACCGUUAAUCCCGACAGCCCGGCCUCCUCAGCCAUCCUCUCCCCGAGCUCGACGCGCCCGCGCUACCACAUCCGCGACCCUUUCCGGACGCGGACUAUGAGCACAACCUACGCGCUCGCAAACAACCCGGGCCUGCACCCGGCCAUCCUGCGCACCUGCCACCAGUGCCACGCCGAGGCGGCGGAGUUGCUGUACGGCGCCUACGCCUUCGACUUCGACACGCACGUCGAGGCCAUCGUACCCUUCCUCAGCACCCUCACGCCGCUCGCCCGCGCCUGCCUCACCCGCCUUGCCCUCGUCAAGCGCGCCCUGCCCUCAGUCAAGGAGUUCGACCGCGCCGAGUGGUGCGCCGCCUGCGAGUACAUGGCCCGCGAGCUCGCCGUGCCGGCUCUGACCCUCUCGCUCGGCGUCGUCGCCGGUAAGCCGCCCGUCGUCGCUGGCACCGGCGGCUGGGACGACGUGCCCGCCCUCGCGGUUGAGCACUUCCGCCUCAUCCAGCCGCGCCGCCUCGGCAGCCGCCCGUCGUCCGGCACCGUCACGCCCACAGACAACGGCGCCGCGGCCGAGGAUGCGAGCAGAGUGCUGAACGGAGACUUGCUGUACGGCUUGGGCCUGAAGGCGAUCGCGGGCGUUGACUUCGAGUGGGUCGAGCAGCUGCUGUGGCUGAGAGGGCUGCGGGAAUUGCAUGUGAAGGCCAUUGUUGAAUACUGUCCGCCGCCUGUGAGCGAGACGAUGGCUUUCUGGGUCAGCUUCUCGAAGAGUGUGGAGGGCGGUUUCAAGGAGUGGAUUAGAGGUGUGAUGUUGGUGUAG